AUGACAUUAUCCAUUCACCGAGAGCUCUGAAGCAGGAUGUUACGACGGUCACUUGAACACAGCAUUAGCUCGGAUUGUCGUGCGUGUGUCCUGGGACAAACGUUGGUUCUCUGAAGUGUUCACGGAGUAGUAAAUCCGGACCAGCGGAUUUUAGGUUACUUUCUCGUGUUUGGGCUCAGUUCGGCAGCAGACAGUAAUCUCCGUGUUUGAUCGUUGUUUCUAGCGCCACAGACCGGUUGGUUUAUCUUCGAAGAAAAGAGGGAGACCAGCAGCAGCAGGUGCAUGUGGAUGCCGAUAAAACUCGAGACAAACUCCGCUCUCUCCUCACGGUUUGGCUGAUCAUCGGCGAUUUUUUUUUUUAAGUAACGCAGUUACUUGACUUCCUUACUCGGUGGAAGUGUGAGAAUCCUUAUUCGAGGCUUGUGGUUCUCGAGAAUAGCAUGUUAAUCUCGGGAAAAUGUAAUGUCUUGUUGCCCUGUGUCUCUCCGCACGCCAAUAUGGAUAAAAUCAAAAGUCAGUACCUCAACCUAAAGCUGUGACUUCUACAUUCUUAUUGUUUGAGGGACUAUGUUUUGCUCUUUUAGUGGAAACACAACUCAAUGGAUUACAUAGUCUGACUCUGGCUCAGACUUUCAGGAUAUCACUGGAGUAAAAGAGAAGCAAUGGAGAAGAAGACCAAGGCGAGCAGCCAAAGUCUCCCCGCUGUCAACGGUACAGCCAAAAGCAGAGUGGAAAGUGUUGAUCCUUAUGGUUUUGAGCGCUCAGAGGACUUUGACUAUGAGUCAUAUGAGGAGCUCAUGUCUGAGUACUUGGUUGUGCUUACUCGGCGAGCCAUCAAGUGGUCCAAACUGCUGAAGGGGAUAAACAAGGUGCAGAAGAACAUAAAAUUAAAACGUUACGUGCGUAAGGGCAUUCCUAAUGAGCACAGGGCACUGAUCUGGAUGGCAGCCAGCGGAGCUCAUGACAAGCUUGAGAAGAACCCAGGAUAUUACCAGUCUCUACUCGGAGCCCGGCAUGACCCCAAACUGGUGGAGAUCAUCUGCACAGACUUGAACAGAACAUUUCCAGAUAACGUCCAGUUUCGCAAGACCUCAAACCCAUGUCUGCAGAAAAAUCUGUACAAUGUGCUGCUGGCUUACGGCCACCACAACCCAUCUGUGGGCUACUGCCAGUCAGAUGGACGUGAUGGGUUUGGCGGAUGCCAGGAGAACAUACCUGACUGCCUUGUGCCAACUGUGAAGUUUAGGAGGGAUAAUAAUAUGCGGUUGUUUUUCAGGGUUUGGGCUUGGCCCCUUAUCUCCAGGGAAAGGCAAACUUAUGCUUUAGCAUACCAAGACUUUUUGGACAAUGCUAUGCUUCCAACUUUGUGGCAACAGUUUGAGGAAGGCCCUUUUCUAUUUCAACAUGACUGCAACCCAGUGCACAAAGCAAGGACUGUAAAGACAAGUCUUGUUGAGUUUGGCAUGGAGGAAUUGACUCAGUGGGGUUCAAGAGGAGAUUGUGAGCCAGGCCUUCUCGUACAACAUCAGCAUUUGACUUCAUUAAUGCUGUACAGAAUGAAUAGGCACAAAUUCUCACAAAAAUAAUCGUUUGGAAAGCCUUUUAAGAAGAGUGGAAGCUUUUAUAGCUGCAGAAAGGGGGAAAACGCCAUAAUAAAAUAUAUGUACAUGUAUUUGAAUACAAUGCAGUUACAGUCCCUGUCAGUAAAUGGGAGCAAGUAAAUCUUGGUAAUUUUUCUUGGAAAGUGACUUAUUUAUAUCAUCCCCUUGGAAUAACAAAGCUGUUUUUUCUGUGACCAUUUAAUUUUCAAGAUAUCUAGAAAACAGCAAAAAUUUACCAGUGUCAUGGCAAAAUGGGCUAAAAUGCAAUGAAUGCAUACAUGUCCUUUUGUCCCAUUUCUUUAUUCAAACAUUUGUUUUGUUCCACCUGAGGUCCAAACUCCAGUAUCUUUCAUUGACCAGCUUGAGUGGUUCAAUUUUUUGGAAAUUCGGGUUAUGUUUUCUCUUCAAGGGUGGGUGGGAGGUCUGAAGGCUUGACCAGUUGAGAACCACCUUCACUAAUACACUGAUGGAUUAGGGUCUCUAAUGGAAUGGAUUGUAGAGCAAAAAUAUACACUACUGACUCAAAUAAAUACUCCAAUAUCUAUUAUGAUGUAAAAUCAAGUAGAGACUAUGUUAAUUUGUGUGAGUUGAAGCGCUAGUCUAAAUAUAUAUCUGGUUGCAUUGAUCGCAGCGUCAUCCCACUCUUGCACUAUGUUUAUCAUUUGCAUUUAAAAGUAAAAUUUAGUUCACCACAGCAUAAGAGACUUGAUUUGCAAUUCAAACAGGCAGAAGAGCUGUGUCAUGGUCAAGCCCCUUUUGAAGCAUUAUCGGGAAGCAUACAUCUGAAGUCACACUCCGUUCACCUGACAUUUCCUGGAUCCCAUCAGAUAUUUUCUUUGAACAGAAUCAUUUUUGACUGUAUCAUUUAAAAUUGACAUUCAUAGUCUUAACAGAUGUAUAAAUUAUAUAACUCACUGUAAAGUUCAAACCAUGCUGAGUGUUUCUUUUCUUAGAUAAUUAUUUUGUUAAUCUACCUUUAAAAAUCCAACUGGUUGAAAAAUCUGAAUUAUAACCUUUCAUUUAUACAAGUUACUCUUCUUUGAUUCAUCUGUUUGGCAUCAUGCUUUAGAAUUUGUUUUUUUAUAUUUUCUUUAUUGUUUGCAUUUGUAGUAUGAGCAUAUUUUCAUGUAAGAUGUUUUGUAUUUUAGAUUUGUUUUUUCUUUUUGCCUUACAGACCCCCUUAGAGAGAGAUGAUUCUUCACAGGUUAAGGCUUCUCUAACUUAGAAAGAAAAAAAAUCCCACUCCUCUUUGGAUCCUUUCAUAAAAAGGGGCUCUACAGUGUGUAAUAAAGCCUGUUCAAACAGGAUUACAAGAUUCCUGUAUAACCUUACGUGCCUCUCU